AUGUCGGCUACAAGCCCGAACAGAACUAUUUCUCUGCCAGAAUCUUCAACUCAUGCCGGCUUUUUAAGUCUCCCGAUCGACCUGCGCAAUAAUAUCUACAGACAAGUGCUGGCUGUGCCACAUCCAAUCUUCUUAUUUCAGGAUCCGCGUUGCCCUAUAGAAUCCUUUGCACCCGAAAAGCCAAGCCAAUGGCUUGUGCUUUUAUAUACCAAUCACCAAGUAUCCAAGGAGGCAAAAGCCCUCUAUAAUACGAAUGAGUUCGUCCUGGAGGAGAGUACAAAACGCCAGGGCAGUCUUGUGAAAUCUUUCCUAAACUGCAUCGGCCCGGUGAAUGCAGGCUUUCUGUCGUACCUGCGGAUGGACUUUCCAGCCACAGAGAGAGUGGAUGGCCAACUGGGUGAAAUAAAAAUAAGGAAAGAUGGCCUACAGACUUUGCGACUCCUCCAAGAACAGUGCACCAACUUGAAAACACUGGAAACCCUCGUUUACGGUCCGAACUACGGUCUAUUAACAGACCAAGAGAUCGAUAUCCGACUCCUCCGAGAUGCAUUGCAAGACAUUAACACACAGCUCAGAGCUAUUGAGCCUCUUGACAGAAUCAUUGUCAGGGUUUGCAGCGGAUCUGCAACCCCUCCAACUAUAGAGUUUAUGGAAGAGCUUGGUUGGAUUAUCUUCACGUAA